GUAGGGAACUAAUCAUGGGUAGGCUUGCUAGAAGCGGCGCUAAGGUCUACGUCAUCCGCGAUGGAAAAGGAAGGUUCUUUGCUGACCCCCGAAUUCCUCCAACUUUAAUGGCAGCUAUUGGCGAAACGGUACCCGAAAAGCUACUUACCGAUGUACGUAAGAGAUAUCCUAAAGCCAGUUCGACUCUUUUAGAAUUCCAAAAAGGUCCUAAGGGGCAAAUUCAAAUACGUUAUGUAGGCAGAGAAAAGUGGUACGACUUUUAUCAAAGCAAAAAGUCUAACGCACUUAACAAUGCCUUACCGAAGGAAAUAACGACAGCGCUAGGCAGGCCCGACUUAUCCAUGCUGUCCAGCUUAACUAGUAAGGAAACUAUGAGGCUACAGGAGGAAUUCCUUAAAGGCAUUAAGACCCCCARGGCUACCAGUCAAAUGCAUGCCAUCGCUGGAAUUCUGGAUAGGGAUCAAGGAAAGCUCGCAAAAAUACGAGCUACCAAGGAAAACGUAGAGGAAAAGCUAACGAGUACGCCGUCGGGCAGCAGCGCUGCCUUGCAGCUGCAGCAGUCUUUAGAAUCCCUCAACAUGGAAGAAAAAACGCAGCAAGAACUCAUAAACAAACAUAGGGAACAACUUGACGAACUUACUGGGCAAUUAGAUGAAAAAAGCGCCGAAUUGCAGCAGCAGGCGGAACACAUUGAAGAAUUAAAAAGAGUGAUGGAUGCUAGGGAAGUGGAGUACAUGAAAUUGAGACAACAUUCGUACGACAUUCACGAAACGGAAAACUUAGAUAAUAAAAGACGCAUAGAAAAGCUGCAGCAUGAAAGGGACGAUGCUAGAAAUAACUUUGACCGCGCAGUUAGAGACAUCGGAGAUAGGAACGCUGAACUUAGACGCGUGGGUGCGGAGCUGGAAGCCUCGGUAAUGCAAGAGCGGCGGUUAAACACGGAAAUCAUCGUUAAGGAGGAGCAAUUAAGACAAAGAGAGCAAGCCAUAGAGGACCUGGCUUUUGUUAGAAUAUAUUUAGGUUUUGACAGGGUGAGGCAGCUUUUACUCACUCACCAGUUUGAAUAG